CAGCAGCAUCGGGAUUGCAGCUGAUCACCGUCGCCAUUUGCCUGUAACAAUCCUGCUGCCUUUGGCACUGGGUGUGUGCUUGCCUGUCCCGGAGACUGAGCCACACUGUGCCCAGAGUGACUGCCCCUGGGGACACUACCCUGUCCAGAGCAAUCUCAUUGACUGCCCCCUCCUCUGCUACCCAGACCAAGUGACCAUGACUGAGAAGACCCAAGAACCUCACGUGGAAGAAGAUGAUGAUUAGCUGGAUGGGAAACUCAAUUACAAACCUCCUCCCCAGAAAACCCUGCAGGAGCUGCAAGAGUUGGACAAGGAUGAUGAAAGCCUUGCUAAAUACAAGAAAUCCCUGCUGGGAGAUGGACCUGUGGUAGUAGACCCAACAGCUCCCAAUGUGGUGGUCACUCGACUCACUCUGGUAUGUGACUCUGCUCCAGGACCGAUCACUAUGGACCUUACAGGUGACAUUGAAGCACUCAAGAAAGAGACCUUUAUAUUAAAGGAAGGAGUGGAAUACAGAGUUAAAAUCCACUUCAGAGUAAACAGGGACAUUGUGUCAGGACUGAAAUAUGUGCAGCACACCUACCGGACAGGGGUGAAGGUGGACAAAGCCACAUUCAUGGUUGGCAGCUAUGGGCCACGGCCAGAGGAAUAUGAGUUCCUGACACCUAUUGAAGAGGCUCCUAAGGGUAUGCUGGCUCGAGGCACCUAUCACAACAAAUCCUUCUUCACGGAUGAUGACAAACAUGACCAUCUCACCUGGGAGUGGAACCUGUCCAUCAAGAAGGAAUGGACAGAAUGAGUUCACCCAGUUUGCCUUCCCCCUUCCUGUCCCCUUGCCUCCUGCACCAGUCUCCAGGUGGGCCAUGCCCACCAUGCUGCUCCUUCCUGCCACCAUGGCUGGCCACAGCCCUGGCAGCCCUUCACAUGAGUGCUGGGGCUCUGUGCCAGCCUUGGUUGAUGCACAGCCCUGCAGGCGGCCUUUGCUGCUUCUUCUGAUACACUGAAAACAACCCAACCGUUCUCACCGCCGCCCCAUCGUGACACAUAAUGGGUUAAAUUGGGAAGCAUCUCCCUCCCUCUCUCCCAAUACUUCCUCCUGUUGCCACUGUCCCUCCUGUACCAACUCCGGUCCCGGAAGUGCCUUUUCUAGGAAACAAGAUCACCUGGCAGGGCAGACUGGUCCCUGGAAAAUCCCUAUCUUGAGUUACACUUGCCAUUGUGCUCUGACUCAUUGUAAAUGGUUACUUACCUCUCAUGAUGGUCUCCUGGUCUGUAUCUGGUGCCCUACCCUGUUAAAAUCCAUCCUUGUGCAGGCAAAACCAGUCAGGGGGAAUGCAGCUAGUUGCUGUAAUAAGACUUUGGUGUCCCAAGAAUAAAACCAGUUUCUUUCUUC